AUGAAGGUGUUUCUCUUCUUGAUCUUUGUCAUUCCGACGUCUUCCUUCAUCUGGGGAUCUACUACUACAACUCUUCAUUUCGACACAACUAUUGUAUGUCGUGACCGUGUCACUAAUGCUCCUGUCAAGAAUUGGUGUUAUACUAUGAAAAUAUUCGAUUCUGGAGCAAGUGCCGAAAUCUUCGAGGGUUCAUUCAAAGAACGUUGCUUGGAUGAUUUCUACACUCACCAUGAGUUUGAAAGGAACCACACAUAUUAUUUGGCUUUCACGAACUACGUACUCGAAUCGGAAAUUGAGCACAAUUGCACGACUGACGGACGUCGAUUGAUAAGAAAGAGGAAGUAUUCCAAGGUUCCAGGAAUUGAAAAACGCUUCGACUUGCCUCUGAGUAUCGAUUUAUUUGAAGAUGGAACAGAGGUUAUAACCCAUUAA